UCAUCAGUUGUCAUUAAAAUAUUGCAAGAUGAAGACUUUGUUACUGCUUUUCAGCGCAGUUUUAAUCUGUACAUUGGCAAGUUCUGUCGCUGGAGAAAAAAUGUAUCGCAUAUUGCAUGACAAGAUAACUUGGAUGCAUAAUCUUCAUGUUUGCCGAAGACUUGGCGGAGAAUUGGUCGUUAUUGAAUCCCAUGAUGAAUUAAUUAGACUUUCCAAUUACCUAAAACAACAAGGAUAUGGUGCAAACGAUUGGUUCUGGACAUCGGGCAAUGAUAUUGUCGCUCCUGGUCGCUUUCUAUCUGUGACUACUGGCAAUGAUUUACCCUAUAAACUUUGGUCACAUGGCCAACCCGAUAAUGCCGGUGGAAAUGAGCAUUGUGUGCACUUGUGGCUCAAGGAUGGAGUAUUCAAAAUGAACGAUUGGGGUUGUCAGCAAAAUGCCAAAGGCAUUUGCCAAAUGAGAAUAUAGAAAAAAAGGUCACAUAUUUUGAUAAGUCUUUGAUCUUGUCAAUUGAACUAUUCUGAGAAUUAUACGUGAACAUAUAGAUGCUUUCUUUAAAUAUUGUUUACGUUAAUUUCAGUAAAUAAGUAAUAAAUGAAUCUGUUGUAUUCUUGUGAAAUUAUA